AUGGCUGAUCCGGAGUCAACUCCCCCAUCUCCCAGCCAGUUGAUGGAAAUGGAAGAGCAACAUAUCGAGGCACUCAACAUGUGCUCUAAAGGCCCUGAACGAGAGCAUCCAGACACCCUAACCGUGAUGGCUAGCCUGGCAUGCAUAUAUGUGGAACAGGGCCGAUUCGAUGAAGCUGCGAAACUGCAAAUGGAAGUCAUGAAUGCUCGCCAACGGGUGUUAGGACAGGAACAUCCAGACACCCUGACGGUCAUUUCUCAGUUAGCAGCGACGCACUCGACUCAAGGGCUCUGGAAAGAAGCAGAAGCACUCGAAGUGCAGGUAGUUGAGACAAGCAAGCGCGUGCUCGGCGAAGAUCAUCCCAACUCCUUUACGGCCAUGUCGAACCUGGCGUCUACCUACUUGAAUCAGGAUCGGUUGGAGGAGGCGGAGAAGCUGCAAAUACAAGUUAUGGAGAUAUGCGAGCGUUCGCUUGGUCCAGACGAUCCGAACAUGCUCACCAUCAUGGGUAAUUUGGCAUCGACCUACCGUGAACAGGGACGAUUGCCAGAAGUGGAAAAGAUAGAUCGGAAAGUGGUGGACACUUCAAAGCAGGUGUUAGGUCUGGAGCAUUCCCAACUUUGGCCAGUCUUGGAAAUUCGGAAAGAGGGACUGGGCCCACAACACCCACAACACCCUGCAACGCUCAAUACUAUGGCGAAUCUGGCAUCCGUAUAUUCCUCUCAGGAGCGAUGGAAAGAGGCCGGAGACCUGGAGGAGGAGGUUCUGGAGAUCCGAAAACAAACGUUAGGGCCCAAACAUCCAUCCACUCUGAUCAGCAUGAAUAACCUUGCACAUACCUGGAAUGCGUUAGGCAAGAGCAAAGAAGCCUUGCGGUUGAUGUCCAAGACUGUGAAGCUCUGCAAUAAGCAAUUAGGCCCGGAUCACCCAGAUACCGUGGCCUCGACUACCGCGCUCAAUAAGUGA